UUACGCUACAGCCGACUAACCAAUAAUCUCUCCAUGUGGGCCUCGCGAUUCCGAGCCCCAACCCGACGUCGCCAGCGAUAGGGCCCGGUUCCACCAUGGAGCCCUCUUCCUAUUCCUCGCCGGCGGCGCGGCGGCUGGCGCCGGAGGUGAGGAGGGUGCGGAAGCGGGCGCUGGAGGCGGCGCUGGAGCAGGUCCAGCGGGCGAUCGAAACGCUGCGCGACGCCGACGCCGAUCUCGGCGGGUCUCUCUCGGGUGACGCCGCCGCGGAGGGGCGACCGGAGAGCGAGGACGGCACGGGUGGCGGCGGGGAUGAUAGGGAUGGCGCGGGGACGUCGUCGGUGGCGAGUGAGCCCGACUACGAGACGGCCCAGCUCUAUGACCUUCUUAAAUCUAAGGUAGAAUCACUCGAGUUUCUUCAAAAGCUCGAUGGCAUUCAGAAGUCAGUAUAUCAAAAUGGUGCAGUUGAACCAGAUACAUCAUGGGAUAUAAUAAAGGCAGUGGACUUGUGGGAAAAUGGUGGUCCAGAUGAUGAAUAUGUUCUUGUUAAUCAGGAGGAUGUGAUUGAUGGGAUUACUUCCUUUAUGGCCGCAUACUUGUUAUCGCUUAAAAAAACCAAGGAACUGUCUCCUGAUCAACUUCAGAAAGCGCUUCAGAAGACAUUUUCAGCUCAAAAGAGGAAAAGUAAAAUUCGGAAGGCAUGGGAUGGAACAAAAGUCAUUUAUAACGUUGCUUCAUGGGGUGCCACAGCUGUUGGGGUCUACAAUAAUCGAGCAUUACUUGCGGUAGCGACUACGGCCAUUCGGACAUCCUGCCGUGUGAUCUCCAAAUUCCUGUGAAUAGUGUGUCAUCUGCUAUGUUAAAAUUGCUUGCGUGUGCUUCCGAUUGUUUAGGUAAAGGGUAACGCAGAGCCUGAAAUCAUUUGUAACAUGUAAUGUUUUAGGCCUAUUUGAUAGCUGGAAAUCAGGUAAUCUGCUCUGGUGGCCGAAGUAUUUGUUCGAGCGUGAUCUCAAUUUAUUGUAAUGCAACUGUUAAACAUAGCAUUUGCAUGGCUGCUCAAGUGUAAAUAUCAAGUUCGAUUGAUUAACU